GCGUCAAGACAGCUCCGCACGUGACUCUGGGUGAAGUUCUUCCUGAGAGAGCGGUGCAAAACAGACUGACAAAUCCAGGAACGGAGAAUUGCAGUUUGUGUAGUCAUGGCCUCUGCAUCAAUACCAGUCUACAACCGCUCGAAUAACCCCCUGGAGAACAGCUCUAGUCAGAAUGCAUCCAGAGAGAGUCUGAAGAUGGAACCACUGGCAGUCACCUUACUGCCCGGAGAGGAGAGAGUCAUAGACAAAGACAUAAUGUACAUAUGUCCAUUCAGCGGGCCUGUCAAAGGCAAAGUCUUCAUUACUAACUACAGACUGUACUUCAAGAGUGCAGACGCAGACCCGUCGGUGACCCUGAACGUUCCGCUGGGUGCCAUUGGCCGGGUGGAGAAGAUGGGCGGAGCCUCCAGUCGGGGGGAGAACUCAUACGGGCUGGACAUCACCUGCAAGGACAUGAGGAACCUGAGGUUUGCGCUGAAGCAAGAGGGCCACAGCAGAAGAGACAUCUUCGAUAUACUCUUUAGAUACGCCUUUCCACUAUCCCAUGGCCUGCUUCUGUUUGCGUACCUGAGUCAGGAGAAAUAUGAAGAGAAUGGCUGGAGUGUCUACAAGCCCAUGGAAGAGUUCAGGCGGCAGGGCUUACCCACUGACAAGUGGCGCAUCACGUUCAUCAAUGACAACUAUGAGCUGUGUGACACCUACCCCACUAUACUGGUUGUUCCCUUCAAAGCUACAGAGGAAGACCUGAAGAAAGUGUCUACCUUCAGGUCGAGAGGACGCAUACCGGUCCUAUCCUGGAUCCACCGUGAGAACCAGGCCGUUAUCUGCCGCUGCUCCCAGCCCCUGGUGGGGAUGUCUGGGAAGAGGAACAAGGAUGACGAGCGCUACCUGGACCUGAUCCGGGAGGCUAACGGCACCGCCAAGCUCACCAUCUACGACGCACGGCCCAGCGUCAACGCCGUUGCCAACAAGGCCACGGGUGGGGGUUACGAAGGUGACGAUACUUAUCAGAACGCUGAGCUGGUGUUUCUGGACAUACACAACAUCCACGUCAUGAGAGAGUCACUGAAGAAGCUAAAGGACAUCGUCUAUCCCAACGUAGAGGAGUCACACUGGCUGUCUAGUCUGGAGUCUACACACUGGCUAGAACACAUCAAGCUCGUCCUCUCCGGAGCCAUCCAGGUAGCAGAUAAGAUAUCGGGGGGUAACUCUGUGGUGGUCCACUGUAGUGAUGGGUGGGACCGGACAGCCCAGCUCACCUCUCUGGCCAUGCUGAUGCUGGACAGCCACUACCGCACCCUCAGGGGCUUCCAGGUGCUGCUGGAGAAGGAGUGGAUCAGCUUCGGACACAAGUUUGCCUCUAGGAUAGGACACGGGGAUAAGAACCAUGCAGACCAGGAUAGGUCUCCUAUCUUUGUACAGUUCAUAGACUGUGUCUGGCAGAUGACCAAACAGUUCCCGACAGCGUUUGAGUUCAACGAGCGGCUCCUAAUGACCAUCCUGGAUCACCUGUUCAGCUGUCGCUUUGGAACCUUCCUCUACAACUGUGAGAGCGCCAGACACACCAACGAGGUACGGUCUAAGACAGUGUCCCUGUGGUCGUUGGUGAACAGUGACUCUACUUCCUACCUGAACCCCUUCUACACUCCUGAGUCCAGUAGGGUCCUCUACCCCGUAGCCAGCAUGAGACACCUAGAGCUUUGGGUGACUUAUUACAUCCGCUGGAACCCACGCAUACGACAACAGCAGCAGAGUCCAGUGGAACAGCGUUACAUGGAGCUCCUGGCACUGAGAGACGAAUACCUGAAGAAACUAGAGGAACUGCAGCUCACUGACUCCUCCCCUAACUCCUCCCACCUAUCAAAUAGCUCUGCCCCCAAUGCGGCCUCGCCCACGCAGCACAUCACGCACCUGCACACCCCUUUCUGAGUGGGGUACUCAAACACACAUGUGAGUGUGUGUUUGUUCGUCAGGGUUGAGGUUACUUCGAUAUCAAUUCAGUCAAUGAAUCAAAGGAAAUAGAAAUUCCUAAUUUAAGAGUUGAAAAGUGACAUUUAUUCCAAAUAGGAAUUUUUCAGAUUCUUGAAUUACAAUUUCAAUUCACUUCCUGAAUCGACAUGUAAUUUGACCCUGACAGACACAGAUACAAUAAGUUGUUUUUUGUACAUAGCGUUAGUAAAGUAAUAAUGGAGACGAUAAAUAACAUGGAAAUCAUGACGUAUGACCAUAACAAAAACUUAACUAUGGUGAUUAUGCAAUAUGUCACAGUACAGCCUUUUGACAACUUUUGUAUAACGUUGUUUUUUUUUCUGCAAAAACAGAGAAGCCUUAAUACGAAAUAAAAUAAAUACUCAGUGUGUUGUAGAUAAACUAUACUAAAGGACAUGUGUGAAGGGUUAAAACUCAAUGGCUGCAUUACGAUUCUCUACACUUUACAUAGAAGUGUGCACUCAUUUACUCCCCAUCAUGCUUAUGCAUUGCAUUGGUAAAAGCAAGGCUGGAGGUAGUUUCUAUCGUAUUACUCACACCAGUCCAUUCAUUUUAAAUCCAUGAGGGGUGUGAACGAGUGCACACUUCCAGAAGGGUAAAGAAUGAGAACAUAGCCCCUGCUCCUCUUGAACUCUGUACACUGUGUCAACUCCAAGACCUGAAAAGGGCAUUGUUAAACUGUUAUGACAAACAUACUAAAAAGAGAAAGUUUGACUAUUAGUGCAUUUGGCUGACUUAAAUCAGUGUGCACCUGUACAAAUGUCCUCAAUAUGAGCAAUACCAGUCCAGUCAACCAGUGAGGUUUGGAAAACAAACUAGAGUAACUUCAGUCGACUUCCAUAAGUUGGCUAAGUACAAACCCUGCAGUUCCCCAGUCCCAACUCACUUAAAUUCUCUGAAUAUCUGCAUCCUUCAGUUUACUGCAUAUAUUCGUAACAGCCCUAAGUCCUGGCAUUUAUCAGGGGUUGACUGUAGUCCACUCUAUGAGAUGUACAGUGGGCCUAGUAUCCCCAUGUAUUGUACUGUAGAAGGUCUAUGGAGAGACAGGACACUGAGUUGUAUUGGUUUUUAUCAGAGGAGCUGUGAGUUUUAUCUCCAACAAUGUCCACCCUAGCCUGGUCCCAGACUUGUUAGUGCUGUCUUGCGAACUCAUGCAUGUCAUGUAUGACAAUGACCAUAGGAAUUGGCAAGACGGCACAAACAGAUCUGGCACCAGGCUAGGUCCACUCAGUCGGUCCAAUAAAGUUCUGCAUCAACGGGACUCUCAUUUUGCCAACCUAAAACCUGUCACCUUAAAACCGGUCAAACUCCUCUUGGCAUAAACUUACACCUGGAAUCCCUAAUGGUGAAACUGCCACGUCCAUUUGCGAUUAUAACAACAAAGAAGUUACUGCAAACAACUAAUUCUGGUUAUUUCCCUCCGACAUCAUUGCACAUGCGAUAGAAUAGAAGCAUAUGUAAUGCAA